AUGCUUUCACCACUCUCCGUUCACCACUCUCCAUAUCACUCUCCGUUCACCACUCUCCAUACCACUCUCCGUUCACCACUCUCCGUUGAUUUCAAAUACUACUCAACGCUUUCACCACCACUCCCAGAGGCACCCAAGAAAGCAAAAGAUGCCGGAGCUAUACUCGCCUAUGGUGACUUCACCAUUAUCGUCCAAGCGGACUUGUAUUGCAAUGAAAAAAGUGGCGAAAGUUGUUGGGAUCACUGUCUGGAACAAGCCUUCCAAGCACGCGAUCAAUUACCUGAAGUAAUUAGUCUUCGAUGUCGGGCUUCGGGAAGAAUUAAUUUGCUUGACAAGGCUUACGCAUUGUUUUAUGAAGCAGGAUGA